AAACAUCAGCCACAGAACAUUUUAUCUGCUGAGGGAUUUCUCUGGCUGGAGGGUGGCGUGCCAAACAACAGGAGAUGUAAAUCAACAUCACAAGAGGCAGCCACCUCUGGGGCAUGUAGGAGGGUCAACAAGCAGGGUUCCUUAAAGACAGAGAGAAGGUGUGUCCCAUUGGUUGUUUGCAUUCACAAUGGGCAGGUGGAGCCAUCAAGAGCUGCCUCAAAGCGAGCUGCUCCACCUGACAACAGUCCACUGACAAGUCUUGAUGAAAGUGUGCAGGGCCUCUGACUGGAUCUCUACUGAAACUCAUUGGACUAGGACACCCUGAGUACAGAGCAUUUCCUGGAGCAUCUUGAACGGAGCGCUGUUGCAGUAUCGUAAAUGCUGCCUGAGUUGGCGGCAUCUCCAGAAAGUAGCCAUACCGUCAAAAUGCUGGGCAUCAUAGAGCAAUGGGAUGCAGCGUCUGGCAAUCAUACAGAAAACACUGACAAGUACCUGUUACUUAUGCUUUUCAAGUUAGGACUGGAUGCAGUGGCCCUUCACUUGUGCUGCCGGAAGCGGUUUACCUCCUUUUUAAGCAUGUGCAGCCUGUCCAUCGUCUUGGCUGACUUGGUGAUGGUGUUAUUAUUGGCAGGUGUGUGGUUUCUUGGGCCGGAGAGGUAUCUUGUGUCACUGUGCUUCAUCUUGGCUAAGGCCUCGAAAACAUAUGAAGCACUGCCGCUGCCCAUGACAUGCCUGGGUUUUCUAGACUACUGCUUAGAAGACAGCAACCUCUGCAAACAGAGCAUGCCCUGUAAAUACAUAAGGAAUGCUGUCCUGACUUUGCUGGUGUGGAUGCUAGCUGUUUUUUACUCCUUUGUUUCUGCCACUUCCGAUCUGAUGGAGCUGGAUUAUGUGACAGGUGUAAGGGCCCUUGUGUGUGAUGUAGAGGAGUCUGCACUGAUUACCUACUUCAUUUUGGGGCUGUUCGCAGUAGUUAUUUGUACCAUGCUGCCUUAUUGGUCAAUGAUUCCCCAGUGGUUGAAAGAGGCUGACAGAUUAUCUGAAGCAAGGGAAGAACAAGAGAACCAGAGCAGCGAUUUGUUGUUCACUUCAACCAACUGCACUGAGACAAAAAGUGGCAUGGAGAACAAUCUGGAGGAGACAGUCCAGCCAUACCCGCCUCUGUGGUUCAGCCUAACACUGGGCUUCAGUAUAUUUUGGAUGCCUUAUCUCACCGUAUCUGUGGGCUGUUUGAUCUUAGGCUAUGGAGUACCUGCCUACAUCACUGUUAACCUUCUGUGGUUGGAGUGCGCCAACAGUUUCCUGAUGGGUGUGGUGUUUUGGGUAAAUAGCAAGUCGCAAGGACCAUACAGCCAGCUCCCAGAAAACGUGUGCUUGUGGCAUGUUUACUGGCAUUUGAGCAGAGGAACACAACAGCAGCAACUGCCUGUAGCUGUGUUUAACCCAUCAAAAGCAAAGAGAAACACUCUCCUCUAUGUGUGACAGAAGAAGAGGUCAACAAUAAACCUGUUACACCUAAGAGCCAACAGCCAACAUCAAUUGAAAAGCAUGAUAGGAGAAGGUAAAGAAAGACUUGACCUAGCAUCUGUAAGUGGUUCACCUGUGUGUUAGAUGCUUAAACUGAAGCCUGGACACAGACAUGAAUGUCCCAGCUCUUCAUCAGCUCAAACAGAAAGGCUUUUGGGAAAGAAUUAAACUGUACAUGCUGCAGUUAACCAGACACUGUGACUGGACAGGGUCUCUGCAGGUUUCAACAAGUCAAAUUUAAGACUUUUUAAGACUUUUUUAAGACCAUAAUGAAUACAAUUUAAGACCCAUUUCACAUCGAUAAAUUCGAUAAAUUCUGACCGGGCAGCACAGGUAGCCUACUUCAGUUCCACUUUGUAGUUACGUUAUAGCGUCCUCAAAAAUCGAAACAUUUAAAAGCGAGACUGAAGUUUAUGCAUGUUUUAAAUAAAAGUAACGUCAAUAGAUUUUUAAGACCUUUCAAAAUCGUAUU